GCCCCUCCCACCGUUUUGGACCAAAAUUGCAGCUGACAUUAGCAUUUAAGAAUAAUUAGGAAAUACUCAAAAGUUGUAGCAUUGGUCACCUUUCAAUGCACCCUGGAUGUGCUGGGGAGGGACUGGCGUAGAAAAAAAAAAUGGAGGAAACAAAAGAGCGCUUUUAUGAAUGGCUCCACAAAUUUGCAGGCCAGUCACACACACACACACACACACACACACACAGAAGGAUACAGGCAGGGGAUCCCGAUCCGUCACAGUGAUGACAUCAUCUGGGUGCUAAACAAGAGCCAAACAAGGGAGUCCCCCGCUUCCUCCGUGCAGGCACGGCUCCUCGGCUGCUCUCAUUGGUUGGCGGGGGUAAAGGUGUUGCCAUGGAAACUUUGAGGAGGGCGGCGGGUUGUCCAUUCCAAACUCACUCACACGCACACACAGUGGCCACUUGUCAUGGCGGAGGGCUCUUCCUUCUCUCGCUUUUCUUUCAUUUGACUUGAGUCAACAACGCAGCCAUGAAAGAGAAGAACCCAUGGCACAAGUCUGGGAUUGUGAUUGUGGCGGUGAUUGCCGUGGUCGCCGUGGUCGCCCUGGUGGUGGUCUUUGUGGUCCAGAACAUGCCCCUGCCACAAAAGUACAAGUACGGGAUUGUACUGGACGCCGGCUCGUCGCACACGACUGUCUUCAUUUACGAGUGGCCCGCCGAGAAGGACAACAACACGGGGCGAGCUGAGCAGAAACACUCCUGCAAUGUCAAGGGUCCGGGUAUCUCCAGCUACGCGGGGACGCCGUGGAAGGCCGGCCAGUCCUUGCGGGAGUGCAUGCGGGAGGCCGAGAAGAACAUUCCCAAGCAGCGACACGCCCAGACGCCCCUCUACUUGGGAGCCACCGCCGGGAUGAGAUUGCUCGAUUUGCAGAACAGCUCGGCAUCCGACGAGGUGUUCCGGGCCGUGUCGGAGACCCUGCAGACCUUCCCGUUCUCCUACCAGGGCGCCAGGAUCCUCAGCGGCCAGGAGGAGGGCGCCUUCGGAUGGGUCACUGUCAACUACUUGGACGACCGCCUCAAACAGGGUCUGAAGACCACAGGGGCCCUGGACCUCGGCGGGGCGUCCACCCAGAUCAGCUUUGUAUCCAAAAUGUUUGACGGCAGCGAGUCGCCAGGCAACUCGGUGACCUUUCGGCUCUACGGAAACGACUACAACCUUUACACACACAGCUUCCUGUGCUACGGGAAGGAUCAGGCCCUCAAAAUGGCGCUGGCGCACCAAACUCAGUCAGGUCCCCCGGCAAUACGGGACCCGUGCUUCCACCCUGAAUACGUCGAAACCAAGGAGUACUCGAAGCUCUAUGACAGCCCCUGUGUGUCGGACAGGAAGCCUCAGGGAGCCCCUGCAUUUUUCCAGCACACGGGAAUAGGAAACUUCCAACAAUGUCAGGACGUAGUCCGGAGCCUUUUCAACUUCAGCCAAUGCAAAUACAGCCAGUGCUCCUUGAACGGGGUCUACCAGCCACCUCUGCAGGGGGUUUUUGGGGCGUUCUCAGCUUACUACUACAUCAUGGACUUCUUCAACCUCACAGACACGUCCAUCCCUUUGGACACGGUCAAGGAAAGGAUAGCACGCUUUUGUGCCACACCCUGGCAGCAGGUGAAGCAGCAGAAUCCAGGCAUCAAACUGAAGUAUUUGGUGGGGUACUGCUUUGCCGGCACCUACCUCCUCACGCUGCUGACGGAUGGAUACAACUUCACCUCCGAAACCUACUCCAACAUCAAAUUCAUACACAAGAUCAAAGGAAGCGACGCGGGCUGGACUCUGGGGUACAUGCUCAACCUGACCAACAUGAUUCCAGCCGAGGCUCCCAACGAACCGCCGCUGCCCUACGCCGGCUACGUGGUCAUUGUCACGGUCAUCAUCAUCUUACUCGUGGUUCUCUUCUUGUUCAUCGCGCACGCCGUCAGGCCGAGCUGCUCCAAGCGGCCGCGCGUCGUAUAGCCGCACGCCUUUCAAAGGACUACAUAUGAACCUGUACAUGAAUAUAUGGCUGUACAAAUCAAAUAGCCCACCGUUUAUACACACACUGAUUCCUAAUAAGUAUUUUAAUCCGGUUUUUUUUUUGGGGGGGGAUAGAUCCAUGUAAUGUACAAAACAGUAUGGUGGCUUUGUUUUGAGCAGGUUAUGUGAGCCGUACAGGAUACAAAAGUUAAUUGCUUCAAGGGUGGGAUCAAUUUCAUUUCGUUAAUCAGAUUUUUGUGGUGAACAAAACAAGAUGUUAUUUUCAGGCUAUGGAAGUGCAUCGAUUGUCCAGCACUACCUCGUUGAAAGCAUAAAUAUGCUGCCCUCUUGUGUUCAAACCCAUAUUGCAUAUGAAAAACGAUGUGCCUUUGCAAAGUUAGUAACAGUUUUGGAUUUACACAACAAUGUUCCUCACUACCUCUUGUAGAAACUAGGCUGUAAAACUGACUUCGGUUAUUGGAAUCGUGUGUUUUUAUCAGCCCCACUUUUAAGGAAAUGAUUUUGCACUUUGUUUCUGACUAAAGUAGACCUAAUUGGUUUAACAGUGCGACAUUGUAAGACUGCUUUUUUUGCCCUGCUUUUCAGUAACUCAUUCAUAAUCUUGGCAACCUCUUGGCAGAGGUGUGCUGUCGAUGGAGCACCACUUGGUCAUAUUUUGCUUGGUAAAUGAAGUGAUGUCAGGCUACAACGUGCAGGUCGCUGUUUUGGAAUACGAGGUAGUGUCAUGGCGCACUUGCUCUACCAGCCCCCAUUUUGACAGGAAGCGGAAACUUAGCAGCCCUUCCUUGGCAUUCACGCCCCAGCUCUUAUCAGGAGGGAAAAUUCUGACAAG